ACCCUGGUUGCUCGCACUACGCUCGCUUCAAUGGCGUCUAUACUAGCGCUCGUGGUAGGACUGGCCCUACUGGCACCCACGGAGCCCUGCGGCAAGACGCUGACUAGCAGCGGCCGGCUCACGUCGCCCGGAUACCCCAUGUCGUACCCACCGAACGUCCGCUGUUCGUACACGAUGCGGCCACAGAGUCCCAGCGUAUGCGCCGUCGAGCUGAAGUUCGAGGAGCUGGACGUGGACGGCCACUUGCCUCGCUGCGACGCCGGCGAUGCCGUGCAGCUCAGCUCGACGGGCGAGCGCUUCUGUGGAGUCGAGCCGCCGCCACCCAUCGUGAUCCCGAUAACCGCUGACGGUCUUCGGAUGGAAUUCUACUCCAACGGUCAGGGAAGUGGCACAGGUUUCGCAUUACAACUGACCCAGAUCGACAACUCUUGUCCGAAAAGGGGCUCCGCGUGCGGGGGCACCUUCGCCAAGGAGCGGUUCCGGCUGGAGGGCCCGUCGGCGGCAGGUGGCGCCUGCCUCUACCUGAUGCGCAAGUUCGACGAAGCCGUGUGCCAGGUGCAGGUGCGCUUUCAGCGCUUCUCCGUGGGCCCCGGUGGUGCAUGCGACAAGGGGCCCCGCCUGCUGGUCGCGGGACGCAGCCUGUGCGGACCCCGUGGACCCGAUGCCGUAGAAACAUUCGACUUCCCGACACAGACACUGGCAUUUCUCUACCAACCAGGGGAUAAACCGCAACAAGACAAGUUUGUGCUGGACAUUUUUCAAGAAAAGUGCGACAGAUAGAACGCCUUUCGUUAGGUGAA